AUGGCGGCCAACAGCCUGGUGCUGCCCAUCGUGCUGUGGGGCCGCCGCGCGCCCACGCACUGCAUCUCGGCGCUGCUGCUGCUCGACGACGCCUCCGCCGUGGUCACGGGCUGCCACGACGGGCAGAUCUGCCUCUGGGACCUCUCCGCGGACCUCGAGAUUAAUCCCCGAGCGCUGCUCUUUGGUCACACCGCCUCGGUUACGUGUUUGUCCAAGGCCUCAGCUUCCAGUGACAAGCAGUACAUAGUGAGCGCCUCGGAAAGCGGGGAGAUGUGCCUGUGGGACGUGAGCGAUGGGAGGUGCAUGGAGUUCACCAAGUUGGCCUGUGCGCACACGGGCAUCCAGUUCUACCAGUUCACUGUCGGGACCCAGCGGGAAGGGAGGCUGUUGUGCCACGGGCACUACCCGGAGAUCCUCGUGGUGGAUGCCACCAGCCUUGAAGUGCUUUACUCUUUGCUCUCCAAGAUAUCUCCCGACUGGAUCAGCUCCAUGAGUAUCAUUCGGUCCAACAGAACGCAAGAGGACACCGUGGUGGCCGUUUCCGUGACCGGCAUCCUGAAGGUGUGGAUCGUCACCUCGGACGUCGGCCGCGUGCAGGAUACUACACCGGUGUUUGAAGAGGAGUCUAAACCUAUUUAUUGUCAGAACUGUCAGAGCAUUUCCUUCUGCUCGUUCACGCAGCAGUCCUUGCUGGUGGUGUGCUCCAAAUACUGGAGGGUCUUCGACGCGGGCGAUUAUUCCCUGCUGUGCUCAGUCCCCAGCGACAACGAGCGGACCUGGACUGGGGGGGACUUCGUGGCAGCCGACAAAGUCAUCGUGUGGACAGAGGAUGGGCAGAGCUUCAUAUACAAACUACCCGCCAGUUGUCUACCAGCCAGCGAUUCGUUCCGCAGUGGUGUGGGAAAAGCAGUAGAAAACCUAAUUCCACCUUUGCUGUACAGUGUAUUGGACAGAGCAGAUAAGCAGUUCCUGAUAUGUCCUCCGGUUACUCGCUUCUUCUGCGGGCGCAGGGAGCUUUUCCACAAGCUCCUCAUCCAGGGAGACUCCUCGGGCCGGCUGUGCAUCUGGAGCGUGCCCGACGCGCCGGAGCAGCGGGGCGGCGCGCCAGGACUGCAAGCAACAACCUCCAUAUCCCUCCAGGAAGCUUUCAACAAGCUGAGCCCUCACCCCGCGGGCAUCAUCGACCAGCUGAGCGUGGUCCCCAAUGCGGCGGAGCCGCUCAAGGUGACGGCCAGCGUGUACAUCCCGGCGCACGGGCGCCUGGUGUGCGGCCGCGAGGACGGCAGCAUCGUCAUCGUGCCGGCCACGCAGACGGCCAUCGUGCAGCUGCUGCAGGGCGAGCACAUGCUCCGGAGAGGUUGGCCACCUCACCGGACCCUCCGAGGCCAUCGCAACAAAAUUACAUGUUUACUGUAUCCUCACCAGGUUUCUGCUCGUUAUGAUCAAAGGUAUUUGAUCUCAGGUGGUGUGGAUUUCUCAGUCAUCAUAUGGGAUAUAUUUUCUGGAGAGAUGAAACAUAUCUUCUGUGUGCAUGGUGGAGAAAUUACACAGCUUCUAGUUCCACCAGAAAACUGUAGCGCCAGAGUGCAGCACUGCGUCUGCUCCGUGGCCAGCGACCACUCCGUGGGGCUCCUGAGCCUGCGGGAGAAGAAGUGCAUCAUGCUGGCCUCCCGCCACCUCUUCCCCAUCCAGGUGAUCAAGUGGAGGCCCUCGGACGACUACCUGGUGGUGGGCUGCUCGGAUGGCUCCGUCUACGUCUGGCAAAUGGAUACGGGGGCGCUGGACCGGUGCGUGAUGGGCAUCACGGCCGUGGAGAUCCUGAGCGCGUGCGACGAGGCGGCCCCGGCCGCCGUGGACGCGCUGAGCCACGCGGCCGUCAACCUGAAGCAGGCCAUGACGCGCCGCAGCCUGGCCGCGCUCAAGAACGUGGCCCACCAGAAGCUGCAGACCCUGGCCACCAACCUGCUGGCGCCCGAGGCCUCCGACAAGGGGAAUCUGCCGAAGUAUUCCCAUAACUCCCUGAUGGUGCAGGCUAUCAAGACCAACCUGACGGAUCCGGAUAUCCACGUGCUCUUCUUCGACGUGGAAGCGCUCAUCAUCCAGCUGCUGACGGAGGAGGCCUCCCGGCCCAGCACGGCCCUCGUUUCCCCGGAGAACCUGCAGAAAGCAGCCGGCAGCUCCGACAAGGGCGGCUCCUUCCUGGCCGGCAAGCGAGCGGCCGUCCUCUUCCAGCAGGUCAAGGAGACCAUCAAAGAGAACAUAAAAGAACACCUCCUCGAUGAUGAGGAUGAGGAUGAGGAAUCCAUGAGGCAGCGGAGGGAGGACGGCGACCCCGAGUACCGCUCCAGCAAGUCCAAGCCGCUCACCCUGCUGGAAUACAACCUGACCAUGGACACGGCGAAGCUCUUCAUGUCCUGCCUGCACGCGUGGGGCCUCAACGCCGUCCUGGACGAGCUCUGCCUCGAGCGCCUGGGGAUGCUGAGGCCGCACUGCUCCGUGUCCUUCGGCCUGCUGUCCCGGGGCGGCCACAUGUCCCUCAUGCUCCCGGGCUACAACCAGGCCGUAGGGAAGCAGCCCUGCGGAAGGGCGCCUGCCGCCGAGGGCCUGGGCAAGGGGACGUACGGGGUGUCCCGCGCCGUCACCACCCAGCAUCUCCUCUCCAUCAUCUCGCUGGCCAACACGCUCAUGAGCAUGACCAACGCGACGUUCAUCGGGGACCACAUGAAGAAGGGCCCAACCAGGCCUCCUAGGCCAGGCACUCCUGAGAUGACAAAAGUGAAGGCCCCUCCUUCAAUAUCAAGUCAUGCAGCUCAAGGACAAAUCAAGCAAGUCGCUCCUGCUGUUUCCUCUAGCGCUGAAGCUGGGCACUCUGCCUCUGACCCUGCUCCUCCUUUACAUACCUGUUUCUUAGUAAAUGAAGGCUGGAGCCAGCUGGCCGCCAUGCACUGCGUCAUGCUGCCGGACCGGCGCAUCGAGCAGGCGGGCCGCAAGGAGACCAUCGACGCGUGGGCGCCCUACCUGCCGCACUACAUGGACAGCCUCAUCUCCCCCGGCGUGCCCGCGGACGCGCUGCAGGGCCCCAGCGGCAGCCCCCCCGCGGCCGGAGCCGAGGCCAAGGCGCAGGAGGACGAGCACGAGCUGCCGGACGACGACAUCGCCGCAGUCACUUUGCACGCUCCCCGACGCCGCUUCCUGCCUGUGGCUGUUUAUUUGGGCUUCCAGCACGUCUGCUUUAUCUGCAAAGACUGCAGCGUGCUGAUCUUCUCCAAGAAAAACGACAAGGAGGAG